CCGACCAGCAGGAGUGCUGCUUUUCCCUCUCUGGCUCAUUGUUUGUGGCUCACUGUUGCUCUGCACCGCCAGGCGGAGAAAGCGACGGGUCAGAGGAAAAUGGCGGACGGUGUGGAUCACAUCGACAUCUACGCCGACGUCGAGGAGGAAUUUAGUCAGGAAGCUGACUACCCAGUCCACGAGCAAAUCGACCUGUAUGAUGAUGUAAUAUCCCCAUCAGCCAACAAUGGUGAUGCUCCAGAAGAUCGUGACUACCUGGACACACUGCCUGCUCCGGGUGGCACAGAGGGAGGCAAGAGUGCCCCACCCAAUGUGGUCUACACCUACACUGGCAAAAGGAUCGCCCUGUACAUAGGAAACCUCACAUGGUGGACAACAGAUGAGGACCUGACAGAAGCCAUCCGGUCGAUAGGUAUCACAGAUGUUCUGGAGAUCAAGUUCUUUGAAAACAGAGCCAAUGGCCAGUCAAAAGGGUUUGCAUUGGUUUGUGUUGGCUCAGAGGCAUCAUCCAGGAAGUUAAUGGAGCUUCUGUCAAAGAGGGAGCUCCAUGGUCAGAAUCCCAUUGUCACGCCAUGCAACAAACAGUCCCUCAGCCAGUUUGAGAUGCAGUCACGCAAAAGUGCUCAGUCAGGCCAGAUGUCUGGUGAAGGUAAAGCUGGUCCCCCUGGCACUGGACCUCGUGGAGGCUUCCCAAUGGGUCGAGGCAGAGGCAGGUUCCCUGGACCACCUGGCCCUGGAGGGGACCGUUUCCCUGGUCCCGUUGGGCCUGGAGGGCCACCACCACACUUUCCUGGCUCUGGGAUGAGACCAGAUCUGAUUAGGCACCAAGAUGUCCCUCUGGUGGAUAUGAGUUUCAGUCCCUUCCCGCCGGGGGGCAGGAACGGGAGCUGGCAUGGCAGAGCUGGGAUACAAGGUCCCCCACGUCCCCCUCCCGGUCCACCUGGCCCCCCUGGCCCUCCAGGACCUCCACCUCCUGGCCAAGGCCUCCCCCCUCCCCUCGCUGGUCCUCCAAAUCGUGGUGACAGGCCUCCUCCCCCUGUUUUGUUCCCUGGUCAGUUCGGUCAGCCUCCGAUAGGACCCUUGCCCCCAGGCCCCCCUCCUCCGGGUUACGGCCCACCUCCUGGUCCUCCACCCCCUCAACAGGGCCCGCCACCGCCGGGACCUUUCCCGCCGCGUCCCCCAGGUCCCAUUGGCCCCCCCAUGGCUCUGGCUCCUCCUCCACACAUGCCAGGUCCUCCACCAGGUGGACCACCACCAGCCCCUCAUGUCAACCCCGCGUUCUUCCCCCCACCUGGCAACAACAGCAUGCCCCCCAACGACAGCCGAGGACCCCCUGGACCAAACGACCCAUACGGACGCCCGCCACCAUAUGAGAGAGGGGAUUACGGUCCUGGAAGCCGGGACAUGGAGGCAUCCCGGACGCCUCUGAGCGAGGCGGAGUUUGAGGAGAUCAUGAACAGAAACAGAGCCAUCUCCUCCAGUGCCAUAUCUCGAGCAGUGUCUGAUGCCAGUGCAGCUGACUAUGGCAGCGCUAUAGAGACCUUGGUGACGGCCAUCAGUCUAAUUAAACAGUCCAAAGUGUCAGCAGAUGAUCGCUGCAAGGUCCUCAUCAGUUCCUUGCAGGACUGUCUUCAUGGCAUAGAGUCAAAAAGCUAUGGUUCUGCCUCGAGGCGAGAGCGUUCCAGGGAACGAGACCAUAGCCGCUCCAGAGAAAAGAGCCGACGCCACAAGUCCCGCAGUCGCGACCGGCAUGAGGACUAUUACCGAGAACGCAGUCGGGAGCGGGACCGCCAUCGCGAGAGGGACCGAGACCGAGACCGUGAGAGAGAACGGGAGAGGGAGUACCGACACCGCUAGUGUCGAGGAAGCUAACGAGGAUCAAAGCUGGAUGGAAGGAAAAGGAAGACGAAUUUCAGUGCGCCACCACCUUCCCUCCCUGCGUGACCGGACAGGAUUACAACCAAAACUUCUUCCUCCACCCCUCCAUCUCUUCUCUCUUCUCCGUCUCCACCCAUCCUUCUCUCUAUCCGUUCAUCUUGUCUGCCUGGCUAAGAGCAGUGGAUGGAAGACCCUGACCUGUGUAAGGCUAUGUUAUCUAAACAGCUAUACUUGUGGUAACAAAAGAUGAAAGAAACUUUUCCAACAGCUCUUUUAUUUUUAUGGUGUUUUAUUUGACAUGAAGAUGACUACGUGUGAUGCUUUUUUUGCAAAAAAAACAAUAAAAUGGCCCGCAAAACCCCCAACUAGAAGACACAAACAUGACAUCCUAUUUGUUUUUUUUGUUUUGUUUUUUUUAUUUCUCCUUGGCUCGUUGUUCUGUGUACAUUCAGUUUAGAGAUCAGUUUUUAUAGGGUGCAUAUUUGAUCUUUUCUCCCCAUCCCUCCCUCUCAUUCUCAUUUAUUCUUUCAUGGUUAGUAUGUUUGUAAAUGUUUCUGCUUUUGAUUAAAACUAGAUGGUGUUGUAAUAAAAAAAAGUUACCUGAUGCAUUUGGUCGAUUCCUCUACAUGUUUGGCUCAUUUAUAUUAAAUGUAUAUUUUGGACUGCAAA